AUGUCCUCAAAAAAACGCCAGCGUCUCAAGGCUAUUUCUUAUUCUUUCCAAGAUAGAGGAAAGUUAUCACAAAAAAAGGAUUUGGAUGUUGAUUAUGUUACUCACCAACCUACAAGAGACAGAAAGGGAAAGCCCUCUUGGGUUGAGUCUUGUGCUGAUGCGCUGUAUGAAACUUUGCCAGAGCAUACCACCAGCCCAAGGAAACGAGCCAGAGCAGUAGAUGCAGAAUCACCAGACAUCCCAGAAGAUGAUUUAAACCAAGAAAUGUUUGGUGACUUUGCUAUUGAUGGAGAGGCUCCUGAGCAAGGGAGAAAAACAAAGACACAAAAUGACUUCAUAGCAGAGUAUCUCACCCACCGGACACAUAUCUAG